AUGCAGUGCAUCUCCGAUGCCGUGGACCUCGGCAAAAUGUGGCGCCUCCCCUGCCUGGGCCAGCUGUUCGGCGGAGGCAGCUUCCUGAUCCCCUACAUCGUGAUGCUCCUGGUGGAGGGGAUGCCACUCCUGUACCUGGAACUGGCCGUGGGGCAGCGCAUGCGCCAGGGCAGCAUCGGCGCCUGGAGGACCAUCAGCCCCUACCUCAGCGGAGUCGGUAUGUAGGGCCUUGCAAGAACCUUUUUCUCCUCCAUGAAAUGGGACGUCGUCAACGCCUGGUUCUUCAAGUACCUCUUUCACUCCUUCCAGGACCCCGUGUCGUGGUUGUGUGCCCUGAAUGAGAACCACAUGGGCUAGGAUGAGGAGUGCGAGAAGGCGACCUCCACGCAGUACUUCUGGUACCGGAAGACCCUCAACAUCUCGCCGUCCAUCCAGGAGAGCAGCAGCUUGCAGUGGGAGCCAGCACUGUGCCUCAUUCUGGCCUGGCUCGUGGUGUACCUGUGCAUCCUGCGUGGCCCUGAGUCCACUGGGAAGGUGGGCGGGGUGUGGUGUGUGUAUUUUACAGCAUUGCUGCCCUACUGUGUGCUCCUCAUCUACCUGAUCAGGGGCCUCACGCUCCACGGAGCCACCAACGGCCUCAUGUACAUGUUCACUCCUAAGAUAUGGAUGUGGGUGCAGCAGCUGGCCAACCCCAAGGAUCAACGUGGCCAUACAGACUUAUCCUGUCUAGGCCUGGGGUUCGGCAGCCUGAUCGCCUUUGCCAGCUACAAUGAGCCCUCCAACAACUGCCAGAUGCGGGUCAUCGUCUCCCUCAUCAACAGCUUCACCUCCAUAUUCGCCAGCAUCGUCACCUUCUCCAUCUACGGCUUCAAGGCCACCUUCAACUACGAGAGCUGCGUGAAGAAAUCGCAGGCCGUCCAGGACACAGGCUUGGCGUUCAUUGUCUACACGGAGGCCAUCAAGAACAUGGAGGUGUGGCGGCUGUGGUCAGUGUUCACGCCGCUGCUGCUGGGCGUGGGGGGCAUGCUGGGCAACACGGCGGCCAACCUCACCCCUCUGACCGACAGCAAGUUCAUUUCCAGCAUGCUGCCUACGGAGACCAUCACAGAUCAGGAGGCAGGGUCUGGGAGGGGUCUGGUGUGCCUCAUCAACUGUGCCGUUGGCAUGGUGUUCACCAUGGAGGCUGGCAACUACUGGUUUGACAUCUUCAACGACUAUGCGGCCACACUGUCCCUGCUGCUCAUUGUCCUGGUGGAGGCAGUCGCUGUGUGCUACGUGUACGGGCUGAGGAGGUGGGGGGACCUACAGGCUAUGACCAGAAGCCCCCUCAGCUGGUACUGGAAGGCCGUAUGGGCCGUCGUGAGCCCGCUGCUCAUUGUCAGCCUCUUCAUCUUCUACCUGAGCGACUACAUCCUCACGGGGACCCUGCAGUACCAAGCCUGGGACGCCACUCAGGCACCUACCUGA